UUGAACCUUACCGAACCGAACCGAACCAAAUCAAAUAGAAUAUUUAGAGAGAUAUACCGAUUUAUUUCGGUUAAUACCUUCGUUGGGGUUGACGAGAGAUCUCUGCAGAACCAAAUAAGAAAAUCUAGACUUGGUAAAAUUGCAAUCAAUACUCUGAAACCUUUUGAAUCCGGGACCCGACUUAACUCGCCAGAUUCAACAGCAAUGGCUGGGGUUAUGCAGAAGUUUCUUGUGGCAUCAAUGUUCAUGUGGAUGCUUCCUAUUGCCAUCUUAUAUGGUUUCAACCACGAUUUACUCCCUGGUUCAACAACAUUGUCUCCACACUCUCUUACACUUCUGAGUGGAUUUCUUGCGGUUGUAUCAGUCAAUGUCGUAAUUGUGUUCUACAUCUGUCUGGCCCUGAAAGAGCCUACGGAUAAACACAAGCCAGACGCUUCAUUUGUCGCUGAGGCCAAAGACAGCGUGAAGAAACUGACAUCAGGAGUCCCAAGCACUGACCCGGCACUCAAGAAACAAGAGUAAGAGGUUACCAAAAACCCAUUUUCUUAAAAGCAAGGAACAGCGCCGGUAUUGCAUCAGAUGAAGCAGAGCUCAGUUCUUGCAAUGUGUUGGUUAUUAUUUUGUAGAAGUUCUUGGCUGGUAGAUCAUCAUCUGACAUUUGAUGGUUUUGGGGUUUGUUUUAAGCAACAGAAACUGCAAUGCUCAUGUUGAACAGAUACGAGAGCUAAUGUUUUACAAAACAGUGUUUCCAGUUGCUACUCCUUCAUUUCAAGGACACUAAGUGAAUUUUACGGAGACAAUUGUUUACUUGUAAACAUACUUCAAC